AGCGGCCCGGACUCUCGUUGUUUAACAGCGUUUCUCCGCCAGGAACGGACCGAAUACUUUCUAGGAUUCAUUCCAGUUUCGCUCUUUCGUCAGAAUAUUACCGCGAACGAGGUCUCGUUUUCGGAUAUUUUAUUCGAGCGAGUUGAAGAAGUUUCGGGCUCAGUUUUCGGAGGUGAGGGGAAACAUUUUGGGAUAAAGGGACGACCGCGAACUCCCGCACGGGCAGCGCUCGCGCAGUUUCUUCGGCUCUGUUAAGGUUAGCUAGGUGGGAGAAAAGAAGCUUGUCGCGAAGGAAAAGACGAACGAACGUUGAAUUUAGAAGAAAAAAACAAAGUUAACGACUCUGAGGAAGUUUUUUUUCCCGCUCCGUUGGUUAUUUGGGUUUUUUCGGAGUGGGGGGGGCGCACAUUCUUUUCUUCUGUCGCAUAAGUUUGGCAGAAAUAUGCGCAAACCUGCUAGCCAAGCGUUGAUAGCUGGGAGUCAGUGAGCUUCGUUAACGGGCCACUCGGUAAAUCUGGAUCUAUCCCUCCUGGUUUUCGGGAAGUUUUCCUGCCUCCAGCCUCAGAUCCUCGGUUCCUUAUCAGACCAACACCCGCCAGCAAGCUUAGCACUGUGAAUGACCCGCUGCUGAUGCCCCAAAGGUCUGAAUGGAGUUCCAGUCGCAGAGAAAUCAACAGUUGUAGCUCCCUCAGCAGGAUGCUGAUGAGGCCAAGUGUACUUCUGUUUCUGGCUUUAUUCGCCCAAGUUUUAAGGACCCAGUGCCAGCCUGCCAACACUGGUGAAGUCUCCGUGGAAACGCAAGCAGAGCUGUUCACGCUCUAUCUUGGGGAUCGUCUGGAUCUGAGUUGCUCUGCCAGGGACUCCGUCCAUGCUGUCAACUGGACCAAAGACCAUGUGGCAGUGGUGGAUGGAGAGCACACGCGCAUCCGCAACGGGCAGCUGGAGAUCGAGACCGUGGAGCUGACGGACUCCGGUCUGUACGCGUGCACCACCUUCGGCAACCACAGCGUCUACUUCAAUGUCACAGUCGAUACCCUGGCCUCAUCUGAGGAUGAGGAUGAAGAUGAAGAGUCUUCGUCGGAGGAAGCCAAACUGCUGGGCAGUCAAAAACUGCUGCCGAUGGCCCCGCAGUGGGCUCAUCCAGAAAAAAUGGAGAAAAAGCUUCACGCUGUUCCAGCCAGUAAGACUGUGAAGUUUCGAUGCCAGGCCAGCGGCAACCCAACUCCCACUCUGAAAUGGUACAAGAAUGGCAAAGAGUUCAAGAGAGACCAUCGCAUUGGCGGCUUCAAGGUCCGUGACCACGUGUGGACCAUCAUCAUGGAAUCUGUAGUACCCUCUGACAAGGGAAACUAUACCUGUGUGGUAGAAAACCAGCACGGCAGCAUCAAUCACACCUACCAGCUGGAUGUAGUCGAGCGCUCACCCCACAGGCCAAUCCUGCAGGCUGGCCUGCCGGCUAACCGCACCGCAGUGGUGGGCAGCGACGUGGAGUUUGAGUGCAAGGUGUUCAGCGACCCUCAGCCUCAUAUCCAGUGGCUGAAGCACAUUGAGGUCAACGGGAGCCGAGUCGGUCCUGAUGGUUUACCGUAUGUCCGUGUUCUCAAGCAUUCUGGGGUCAAUAGCUCGGACGCUCAGGUGCUGACCCUCUACAAUGUGACUGAGGAGGAGAGCGGAGAGUAUAUAUGUAAAGUGUCCAAUUAUAUAGGAGAGGCCAAUCAGUCGGCCUGGCUGACUGUCACCAGAUAUGAGCCCACAGCUGUCCCUCACUACCCUCCGGCCAACCACACCUACCUGGAGGUGGUCAUCUACUGCGUGGGCUUCUUCUUUAUUGCCGUCAUGAUCGCCAUCGCAAUUAUUGUCAAGAUUCGCACCUCGUCAAAGAAGAGCGACUUCAACAGUCAGCUGGCCGUCCACAAGCUGGCCAAAAGCAUCCCUCUGCGCAGACAGGUAACAGUCUCAGUGGACUCGAGCUCCUCCAUCCACUCUGGAGUGAUGCUGGUUCGUCCAUCCCGCCUCUCCUCCAGCGGAUCUCCUAUGCUGUCAGGGGUGUCAGAGUAUGAACUGCCCCAGGACCCCCGCUGGGAGCUUCCCCGGGACAGACUUGUUCUCGGGAAGCCGCUGGGUGAAGGCUGCUUCGGGCAGGUGGUGAUGGGAGAGGCGCUGGGUCUCGACAAAGAGAAGCCAAACCGUGUCACCAAGGUCGCAGUCAAAAUGCUGAAGUCUGACGCCACAGAGAAAGACCUGUCAGACCUGAUUUCAGAGAUGGAGAUGAUGAAGAUCAUCGGGAAGCACAAGAACAUCAUUAAUCUGCUGGGAGCCUGCACACAGGAUGGUCCUCUGUAUGUGAUAGUAGAAUAUGCAUCCAAGGGCAACUUGCGGGAGUACCUGCGAGCCCGGCGUCCACCGGGGAUGGAGUACUGCUACAACCCAGACCAGGUUCCUGUGGAGAACAUGUCGAUCAAAGACCUGGUGUCCUGUGCUUACCAAGUGGCCCGAGGCAUGGAGUAUUUAGCCUCCAAAAAGUGCAUCCACAGAGAUCUCGCCGCUCGCAAUGUUUUGGUAACGGAGGACAACGUGAUGAAAAUAGCUGACUUUGGCCUGGCAAGAGAUAUCCACCACAUUGAUUACUAUAAGAAGACAACAAACGGUCGUUUACCAGUCAAGUGGAUGGCCCCGGAGGCGCUGUUCGACCGGAUAUACACCCACCAAAGUGAUGUCUGGUCUUUCGGGGUUCUGCUGUGGGAGAUCUUCACCCUGGGGGGCUCUCCGUAUCCCGGCGUCCCAGUGGAAGAGCUGUUCAAGCUGCUGAAGGAAGGUCACCGUAUGGACAAGCCCUCAACAUGCACUCAUGAGCUGUAUAUGAUGAUGAGGGACUGCUGGCAUGCCGUGCCCUCUCAGAGACCCACAUUCAAACAGCUGGUGGAGGAUCUGGACCGCUGCCUGGCCAUGACAUCCAACCAGGAGUAUUUGGAGCUGUCUGUGCCUCUGGACCAGUAUUCCCCCAGCUACCCGGACACCCGCAGCUCCACCUGCUCCUCCGGCGAGGACUCGGUCUUCUCCCACGACGCCGGAGCCGAGGAGCCCUGCCUGCCAAAGUUCCCUCCCCACUCCAACGGGGCAGCCAUUAAGAAACGCUGAUACCUCAUCUCCAUUCAGACAAACAUUGACAUUUCCUCCGCUCCCUGCCUCAUGGGGUCGGACUCUUCCCCACAUUCCCAGAGAUGAAGCUAAAAAACACUGGUGCUCUGUGAGAAAGGAGCUGGGAGGCGCGUCGUGGAACCCGGCGGGUCACGCGGACUGACGAGCGCAGCCGUUUCCCGGUUCUUGGCGGUGACGGUUUUUAUGGGGCACUUUGUAUUAACGGGAGUGGCAGUUUGUCACGGUGUCAUAAAAGCGAGCAGACUCCCACUCUCCUCUCCGCUUUGGGUGCAGGAGAACGGAAAGGACCGACUCCGAUCAUGUCGGGUUUUUGUUUGUUUCGUCGUUGUUUUUCCCUCCACGGUUUGUUUCGUCCGUAGAGAAGCAACGUUCUGCUUUUCAGGCCAAACCCAGAGACACAAGGGACGUGCAGCACCGUGGUCCAUCACUAUCCUCCUGUAAAUACAGUUAGAAAAUUAUAAAUAUGAAUAUAUAUUUACAUUGUACUCUUAUUUUUAUUACCAUAAUUGAUUUAUUUUCUUUUGUACAAGGAUGCUUUUGUUUUUAAUAUAGUCUGUAGGGGCAGUUGUUACAUGAGAAUAUCUUAAAAUUACUGAGAAUUACAUGGCCUUUUUUUUUGAUUCCCCUAAAUUUACUGCAUAAUCUUCAGUGGAAAAAAUAUAUAUAUAUAUGUUGGGUUUUCUAUUUUUUUUAUUUUUUAUUUUACUGUAAGUGCUUUUCCUGACACAACCUGCAAUACAGUGUCACUCAGUGUUUGGGGUUUCUCUCCAUCAGAAGAAAUGGAUUCCUGGAAUUAACAGUUUUGUGGCUGUGUGUGUGUGCGUGUGUGUGCACACGACUGUGUGUGUGUGUGUCUGUGUGUGUGUAAAUUUUAACCUCGUCUCAUUCGAGAUGGUUCACUUCCUUCGAGGACGGUCACAACUGUAAAUACUCCUGGUUGUACGCCAUGCUUGUUGAACUCCAGAGUGAUCUGCUUCAGUCAACGUCGUGCACUUCCACUGUGCAUGCCUUCCACGUGAUGAACUUCUCUUCUACUGUAAAUGCUUUAACAGGAGUUACGUUUGCCGCCAUACAACUUCUGACGGAGGGUUGCAGAACACGUAUGUCAUCGUAAAAGGAUUACAUUAAAUAAAAUGCUAUCGAAAAACAAACCGCCGAAGCUUUCAGCGUUUGAACUCAGCUCCAUAAAAGGUCUAUAAAUAUCGAGAUUUUCAUGUUUGUGAUGUAAAUCAUGUUUACAGAGAUGGAACGAUGGCUACUUCAAUCCUCCACCCAUUUAACACGGGUUGCUGGGGGCUGAUUAGAUAUGAUAAUGUGCUGCUGACAUCAGACGAAAUGCUGGCGAGCGCAGAGAGCCACCGCCGGCACUAAACGUGUAAUUUAUGGCCGUGGGAAUGGCUUGGCGAGCGCUGGUGCUACACUUCCAUCCAUCAGCCGCACCAACCUUGAUGCCCGUGUCUGGCUCUGGCUUCCUGCCAUUGGCUGAUGCAUCAACUGGAUUGCAGUCUCCACGCAACAGGCUAAAGUCAGCCUCGCAGCGCGCCGGGCUCUGUGGGUGCUGUAUCGCAGCAGAGGGGAGAACACGGUUAUAUGAGCUCAACAUGUCAGGGCCGAACACGCAGGGUCACCUCCAGAUGUUCUAAACAUGACCGUAUUGUUUUCUGAGACAUAUCAUCCACUCCUGGAAACGGAGUAAUAAAAAGUAUCAUCGGCGCCGUGGUUGAGGUGAUGAUGAGCUCUAUUUAAGGAUAGAAAGGACAGGAGAGGACUCGCUUUAUAACCUGCUAAUGGUGCAGAGCGAGGAGCGGAGGUGCCAUUAGGUGGAGGCUGUUAUCACUUCUGACAGAUGGCACGAGAAGAGUCAAGUUCAGGACAGCAACCGUUAAAGUGUCAGGCUUUGUUUGGCUCUGAUGGGGACACGCAGGAAGCUGUUUAUUGUCAGCUAUGAUUGAGGAAUCUGAUAAUCACGUGGUUUCUGAUCAGAUGGAAGAAGAAGCGACUGCUAUGUCCUGUUUUUGUCCUUGGAGGACGUAAAUUGAUUUGGGAAUACUGGAAUUUCAGCCAUGCGAGCAUAAUUAGCACGUUAAGCUCCAGGAACACCCAUGCUCAGCUCUGGUCAGCCUGAUAUAAUGUGUCCCGUUAUACCAGCGGCUUAUUUUGAAGUGCCAAACAUGAUGAGACAACUUCAAAUAUGCAGGCGUUCAUAUUCAUGUGCUCAUUAGUUCAAAAUGUGGUGAUCAUUACUCCAACAAAAAAAAAAGACUCCGCUCAAUAAUAAAACCUGUUUAUCUUUCAACCUGAAUACUCUUAUUAUAAACAGCUGAGAGCCUGCAGAGUGGAUUGAUCCUAUAGAACACAUCAAUAUCUCAUGAGUUUAUAACAUUAAAGCUCUAUUUCCUAUUAUUACUACUGAUAAUGAUGGGGAUUUAUAGCAGAUUUAUUAAAUACAUUUAUAAUGUUGGUGAGGUAUUGUUACUGGAACAUGACAUGAUUUGUGGUCACAGACAAAGAACUAAUGAGAAACACAAGUUGAUUUUCAUCUUCAGGCUGGAUGAGACGCGUCUGUCAAAUAUUCAGAUUUCUUGUAUGAAGCUGGAACAGAUUUUGUGUCAUGUUAUUAAUAAUAAAGGGAA